AUGGAUGCGAGGACAAGGGCAGGCAAGAGGAAAGCGGAGGCAGAGCCAACUGCCACAGUCGAUGUUGCUGAUAGAGAUGACUCCGGAAGUCAAUCAUCCUCAAGCAAUAGCUCUCAGGCGAUUGCUACCUCCCGACGAUUGCGUAGCCAGCAGUCCAAAGAAAGCGAUGAUGAAGAUGAGGAUCCCAUUCGAAGACCGACGAAGAGGCGAAAGACUGUGCGCUCUGCUGACGAAACCUCUUCUGACUCAAGCUCUUCCGACCGCGAAUCACCAGAGUCGGAUGAGGAUGAGCUCUCUGGCACCGUGAAUCUAGACCGAAGAACCAGAAAAGUGCGUCAGCAGAAGCGGCGGGCUGCGAACAGGUUUCGUAACGUCCCAGAGGGUGCUGGACACACCUACACGUUUGACCUGAGUAACCAAGACCGUGUUCGCUGGAUCGGAACUACGGAAUGUUAUACGUGCGUCGGGACCUAUUUCGCCAUCAGCAAGGAGAGAUGCUUCAUCGGUCACUGGAACUAUGAGCUCACUCAUCGCAGCCUUGCGCAGAGAGUGAAAUCCAAUAGACGGAAUAAAAGUGCCCAAACGGAUCCAGAGGGAACGAGGUGUGUAAGUGUGAGUGCUGAAGCGCAGUCGCCUUCUCAUAUUGACAAUCAGGGCGCUCGCGAUCCCAACGAAUAUGCUGUCGAUGAUGAUGCCUUCAAUUUCAUUCGUCGGAACGUCAAAGACAGACUGAACGAAUGGCAGUUCUUGUCCUCUUGGGGCCCAAUCACGAAUCUCAUGAGAGACUCCUUGAUAAUGAUCUGUCCAGAGGGUAACAAAGACACCGGUUCAAGGUACGUUGGCGACGCCGUUGUCGCUGGAAUACAGGAGUGGCUUGGAAUGCGGACACUGGAUCCUCAGCCGCAGGGACAAUAUCAGAGUUUUGUCGUCUGGCACGAUGGGAGUACAAGGCCUCCGCGAAAACUUUUCCAGGGCGGUAAUCCAGCCCGCCGAGGCGAUGCGUGGCGGCGAUACAAUCAGUCCGUCAAUGGCAAGUGUGAGCACCAAGCCGUCCGAGGGGAUGGAAAGAGUCUCACGCACGCGUUGCUUGAUCCAGAUGCGUCCGCCGGCGAAAGUGAAGUAGACACUACUGCACAGUGCAGAGUGAGUAAGGUCUCUCCUCAGUACAUCCCCGUCUCUUGUAUAUCGUUCCAUGCAAUGAAGCAACACGCGAAUCCGCGAUCGCACAGGCUUCUUCGUUCUUCGCGAGAUACUGUGCCAAUCUCCUUCUCCCGUUCCACCUCAGCUCCCGUUGGGAUCUUUCGAUCCCGUGUGUCUUCCUCAUGUCAUCUUCGGUGUGCCGUCUGCCAGAGCAAAACAUCUCCUACCCGUGCGCGACAUGCCACCCCCCACUUCACCUGGUCCAGCCGGCUGAUCUCAAGCACGGCUGGUUGAAACCAGGGGCGUGUCUCACGACAAAAAGUUUCGUCAUCUACGACAAGUCGUUGUUACGCCCCUUCCCAUGCAAGGCUGGGAAGAUACCAAAAUGGUCACCCUUCAUGCAAGGAUGGAGAAUCUGUGCCCGGGAAAUCUCUGGCUGCGUGAUGUACAUUCACCUGCGUGAGAUGCUCUCACUCUGGCGGAGGCUGGAGGGAGGCCGCAUGGGAGCCGUGUUUGCCGCUUGCACGCGGUGUCGUCCGCGAAGAGCUCGCUACUCACGACUCGCAAGAUGUUAGCGUACCACUCCUGGACAUUGUCUCCGAAUCGAGCUCACGGUGCGGAGGAGCCAGAAGGGAGGCGAAAUGUUGGUGCCAGGCUGCUCAAAUACGGUGUUCGUGAGGAUCUCUCGCCCUUCAGACGCGUGAGGCUGCUCCGCCCAUGCUCAAUCGAGCGGACGACGUCGAUAAUCUGAUAACUGACUCACGGUUUAAUCCGCACAACGCUAGGGUAGUCCCGCACGCACGCCUACAAAAGACAUUCCUCUUGCCAGAAAUUUCUUCUUUCCUUCUCUCCACAACAACGAAUUUCGCACUUUUCAUUCCGGUCGUUUUGGCCUGUCACCUUUUGGUGCCGCCCUUUGAGUGCUCUCGGGCUCUUGGGAGCGCCUCUGCGGUCCUGCCCGUCCCAACGCGAUCCCCAGGAUCGCUGAGUACUCCAUCCUCCUCGCCGUUGACAACCGCAUCACGCUGACAUCAAUCACAGCGUUGGGACGUGUGGCAGCUGCAGCUGUCACUGGUACGUUCAUCACUUCUCCAUCACUUCGCGAGGUUUCACCACGCUGACUGGUUUGUUCACAGCCGCUCGAGACGUCUAGUCUCGAGUCAUUGUCGGUCUCCGGUGGCGGCGGCGGAGGUAAGUCACCCACCCACCACCCUCACUUUGCUCUUGAAGACCCUACUGAUCACAUGCCACAGCCAACUGGGGGGUCGGGUUCCGGUCCUGCCUGCUGUGUGGGGUUCGUAUACCCACACGCCCGCCAGGCGACCGACCCACACGCCCGCCAGCAACCGGCGCCGCUGCCACCGGACAUGCGUAGCCCAUCACCAUCGACUACGACUCGGACGAUGCUCGACUCAUCGAGCUGAAGCAGCAAGAUCAUACCGACGCCCUCCUUGCCGAGACGCUCGCGAAGGAAGGUCGCAUGAGAUUCUCUGCCGUCGACUGCCGCUGUGAGCAGCCAAUCGUCGAGAUUCCGGAACAUCAUGAUCGAUGCUGAAGAUGAGAGACUGGACGAUGAGCUCAGUGGUUGGCAUGCGGGCGAGGUACGUCGGAGACUUUGAUCAUGUGCCGUAUCACUCAUGUACUGACAUUCGCAGGAUGACAAACUCAAGGAGAUCUUCGACAGUCUCGAGCAGAAGCUCAAGGAGAGCCUGGCGGAAAUGGAGCAGACGGGGCACCGCUCUUUCAUGACAUGA